GUCCGCCGCACCGGUGACCGGCCGCGCCUACUUUCUGUGGCACCGGGAAGCUGGCUGGAAGAAAUGCAAUGGCACAUCUGGAUUCUGAAGUGAAAGAAGAAUGUCUGAGGGAAGACCUGAGGUUUUACUUCAUGAACCCCUGUGAGAAGUACCGGGCCAGACACCAGAUUCCGUGGAAACUGGGUUUGCAGAUUUUGAAGAUAGUCAUGGUUACUGCACAGCUUGUUCGUUUUGGUUUAGGUAACCAAUUGGUGGUUGCUUUCAAAGAAGAUAACACUGUUGCUUUUAAGCACUUGUUUUUGAAAGGAUAUUCUGGUAUAGAUGAAGAUGACUACAGUUGCAGUGUAUAUACUCAAAAGGACGCCUAUGAGAGCAUCUUUUUUGUUAUUCAUCAGUAUCAUCGUCUAAAGAACAUUUCCCUGGCGACCCUUGACUAUGGAGAAAAUGAAGACAACAUAAUUGGCUUAAAAAUCUGUAAGCAGCAUUACAAGAAAGGGACCAUGCCUUCUUCUAACGAGACCCUGAACAUUGACAGCGACAUUGAGACAGACUGCACUAACUUGGACCUUCAGACACUUGACAAGGACCCUCAGGACUGGAUGCAGUCCCCGUUCUUCAGUCUGGAAUUCUAUCGGCUCUUACAAGUUGAAAUCUCCUUUCACCUUAAAGGCAUUGACCUACAGACGAUUCAUUCCCGUGAAUUACCCGACUGCUACAUCUUCCGGAACACGAUCACCUUCAAUAAUAAAGCGCACAGUGGCAAAAUCAAAAUCUAUUUUGACAGUGACGCCGAUAUUGAAGAAUGUAAAGACCUGAACAUAUCUGGCUCUAUUCAGAAAAACCCUCAGUAUGUCCUGGUGUUUGAUGCAUUUGUCAUUGUGAUUUGCCUGGCCUCCCUCAUCCUGUGCACAAGGUCUGUUGUUCUUGCUCUCCGACUACGAAAGAGAUUUCUAAAUUUCUUCCUGGAGAAGCACAAGCGACGUGUGUGUGAGGCUGACCAGUGGGAGUUCAUCAGUGGAUGGUAUGUCCUGGUGAUUAUCAGCGACCUCAUGACCAUCAUUGGAUCCAUAUUAAAAAUGGAAAUCAAAGCAAAGAAUCUCACAAAUUAUGACCUGUGCAGCAUUUUGCUUGGGACGUCUACACUCUUCGUUUGGGUUGGUGUCAUCAGAUACCUGGGGUAUUUCCAAGCAUAUAACGUGCUCAUUUUAACAAUGCAAGCCUCACUGCCCAAAGUUCUCCGGUUCUGUGCUUGUGCUGGCAUGAUCUAUCUGGGUUACACCUUCUGUGGCUGGAUUGUCUUGGGCCCAUAUCAUGAGAAGUUUGAAAACCUGAACAUAGUUGCCGAGUGCCUGUUUUCCCUGGUCAACGGUGACGACAUGUUUGCAACCUUUGCUCAAAUCCAGCAGAAGAGCAUCUUGGUGUGGCUAUUCAGCCGUCUGUACUUGUAUUCCUUCAUCAGCCUUUUUAUAUACAUGAUUCUCAGCCUUUUUAUUGCACUUAUUACGGAUUCUUACGACACCAUUAAAAAAUACCAGCAGAAUGGAUUUCCUGAAACGGAUCUGCAGGAAUUCCUGAAGGAAUGUAGCAGCAAAGAGGAGUGUCAGAAAGAGUCUUCAGCCUUCCUGUCCAGUGUCUGCUGUCUGAGGAGGAAAGGAAGCGAUGACCCCUUGAUACUUAUUAACUAAAGUCCUGCUAAAGAACUAAGUGUCAGGCCUCCUUUUCCAGCAGCAAUGCUAAUGGACCACAGAUUAUCCUGGACCAGUGAUUCCUAAAGGAUUGUCUUAUUUAAUUGUGGAUUGGGAAAGAAGAGCGACUGUCAGCUGGCUGACCAUGACCGAAGUUCCAAACUUUAUAUAAAAAGUUGGAGGGUGAAGAAUAGACCACAGGCUGCUACUGGGCAUCAGUGCAAUUAAGCAGUGAUAAUGAUAUUCUCUACUGCUCUCUUAAUUUAUGACAUGAUGCUGUUGGGAUGGAAAAAAAAAUCCCUUUUUAGACUGUACAAAACAAUGAUGUUGAAAGCCAUGUAUUUAAAUGUGUGUGUUUAUUGUCAGAUAAGGAUUUGUGUUAAUAGUGAUUAUUAAGUUCAAAGACAUAUGUUAAUUCAUGGUCUGCACAGAAAUAUAGUUGGAUGCAAUACCAAAUUAAGACUCCAUGAUGGAGAAUUAUUAAACCAUAUAGAGAUCACACGCCAUUCAACAGAAAGACCUGCAAUAGACAGUUCUUGACCCAUUUUCCUGCAAGUUUUCUUCUUCAACAUGUUUUAAGUGACUUUUGGCAUAGUCAAUCAGAUGAAUUGGAAACAGAACAUGAGGAUACCUCGUCACUUGUGCUAAUUCCUGAUUGUGCACACAUGCCAUGUGGCAGUGAACUGUAGCAAUGGUCACUCAUUUUAACAAUUGCUCUCCACUGUGGUGGAGACUUCAGCUUUGUUAAGCAAG